GUUAAUUUAAAAUUUGUUUAUUUCUUAUUAUGAAAUAAAUAAUUCGUCUAACAUAGAUAUUAUCAUUACAAGUAUUUCGGGUUAGGUUUAAAAAUUUGAAUUGAAAAUUAAUGUCGAUUUUGAUAUCGAUUUAAUUUCGAGUUAUCGAUCUAUAUGUUAUGAUUGAACAGAACACGAAAUAUGUCGUUGCGGCGUCAUACAGAGCGAUAUCGAAAAAAAUUGUUUUAAUUUAGACUAUUUUUAUUUUAUCAUAUAUGUGUUAAUUGAACAAAAUUUGAUAUUCAACUUAUAUUUUUCAAUUCAAUUUAUAUUUUUUAAAGAAUUAAUAUAUUUUACGUGAGUAAUAAUUAUUAUUACUGAUUUUUAAUUUCGGUGUAACACAGAAUGAAUACAUGGUGGUACAGUGAUGUUAAUUUUUACCAAAAUCCAAAUUUCAUAGUCAUCAAUACUGUUACAAUAACGGAAAUAUUGCAGUUCUUCGAUACACGUAAGUAUAUAUUUGUUAUUGUAAAUUUUAAAGUAAGAUAAUAUUUAUGAAUAUUUUUUUCAUUUUAAUUUAUAACUCUACCAAAGACUGGAUAAAUAAAUAUAUUGUUAAAAAAUUUAUAAGUAUACAUUCCACAUGUCCACGUAUGGAAUGAUACGAAAAGGAUAGAUUAGCUAAUGAUAGAUAAUAAAAAACAAACAAAUCGCAGACAACAGAUCCGUAUCUCAAAAGAUAAAGUUGUAACAGAACAGAAUUUCCAAAACAUGAUAUAAGAAAUCAUAGUAGUUUCUUUAAGAUGUCUCUCGUGUUCAUUCAGUUGGUCGAUCGCGUCUUUAUAAAACAGUUUUUAUAUAAUCAAUCAUUUCUAAGAAAGAAAGUGUUCACGCCGCAACGAAAAUAAAAAUAUAAUUACAAUAAAAUAAGAUACUUGUAUUAAAACGAUAAUCGAAUUUUCUGUAAUAAUCAUGAUGCACAUUCAUUUGCAACAUUUCGCAACUUUAAACGUAAAAUAGGAAUCAAAAUAUUGAGAUCAUUAUCGAUCAAUUUUCUUAAUUACGUAAUCACAUAAAAUUUAAAACUUUUUUUUGAUUUCACUACGCGCAAAGUCAACAAUCACAUUGUAAUAAGUUCAUCUUGAUUGUUUAUAUCCUUCAAACAUUCAUAUUGAUACAUUUUCUUCGUUAUUCUUCAGUGAAACAAAAAUUUCGGUAUUUGUGGGUUCCUCCAACCGAUAGUUACGGACCUGUCGGCGGUUCUCAGUGCAACGACGAUACUCAUAGAACACUUCAAGACGUCAAGGGAAUUCGAGAAAGGUACGACGAUUUCGCGGUAUAUGAUGACGAUGAUAUCGUACAGUCGUGAAUACGCGGCAUGAGAUUACCGUGUAACGUACCGAGAAGGAGGAAGAAUCAUCGAGUAAGCUCGAGCAUCUCCGCCGAGCCCCGCCCUGUAUAUAUUUUUAACCGGAUCCAUCGAAAGUCUGGCCGGCGUGGCAUACACUGUUCGUUCGGGCAAGUGAAGUUUCUAUUGACGUGCAAAAAGAAAGAAAGGAGACAAAAAGGACGGAACACAGGACAGGACAUAUUCGGGCGACGCAACAAGUGAGGAAGUCUGUAUCCCUUUCGUUCGGCCUGCACGCCACUGGAACUCACUUAUUUCGUCCUGAAACUUUACAUUCUUACGAUCUCAGGAAGAUAUAUCGCAAAGGUUUUCUCGACAAAAAGCAAGAAAAAUGUCGAUUCUAAUGCAAUACGUAGAUCGAUUCCACGAGAUACUUGACAAACAUGCAGAUCAGAGAACAACGAAUUGGUUUAUGAUGAGUUCACCAUUUCCUACUCUGUUUAUCUGCUUGAGCUACGUAUAUGGUGUAAAAGUUUUAGGGCCAAAGCUGAUGGAGAAUAGGAAACCAUUUCAAUUAAAAAAUGUCCUAAUAGUUUAUAAUCUAUUCCAAAUGGUGUUCUCAGCGUGGCUUUUCUACGAGAGUCUGAUGGGCGGAUGGUGGGGCCAUUAUAGUUUCCAUUGCCAACCUGUGGACUAUAGCGACAAUCCAAUCGCGAUAAGGAUAGGAAUGUCCGGAUGGCUGACUGGCGACUAUUCUCUAAGGUGCCAACCCGUAGACUACAGUGAUCGACCCCAAGUACUAAGGAUGGUGCACGCUUGUUGGUGGUAUUAUUUCUCCAAAUUUACGGAAUUCAUGGACACGAUCUUCUUUGUAUUAAGGAAGAAGAACGAUCAUGUGUCAAUAUUGCACGUUAUUCACCAUGGUUGCAUGCCAAUGUCAGUGUGGUUUGGCGUUAAAUUCACACCAGGCGGUCAUUCUACUUUCUUCGGACUCUUGAACACAUUCGUUCACAUAGUGAUGUAUACGUAUUACCUGUUGGCCGCGAUGGGUCCAAAAUUACAACCAUAUCUUUGGUGGAAAAAAUAUUUGACCGUCUUCCAAAUGAUCCAAUUUGUCGCGGUAAUGAUCCACGCGUUCCAAUUACUCUUCAUCGACUGCAAUUAUCCGAAGGCAUUCGUCUGGUGGAUCGGCUUACAUGCAACUAUGUUCUUCUUCCUGUUCAACGAAUUCUACCAGCAAAGCUACCAGCAAAAGAAGAGGAAACAAACGAUCACGAACGGCAUGAAAAAAGAUCAUCAGCAGAAUCAUCAAACGAACGGCAUGACGAAUGGAGCAAUGGGCAAUUCGUCCGGAAGAAGAGACGCGGCCGAUUAUUACGUGAAAGGCGACAGCCUAGCCGCCUCGGAGCUCAAUCUUAGGAAAUCGUACACAACGACCGAGUGACCCGAUCACGCUACGUUGUAGCCAUCAUCAAAUUCAUCUCGUCUUUUCUCAUCGAUUCCUCGAGUCGCAUCCGGGCUUCGUUCCUUCGCCCUUCCAUUCUAAUGAUCCUUCGGGUUCGAGUGGAGAAAACAUUGAGUACAAAAUUACUCUGCGAUCGCGUUUGCGUGUAUUCGUGAAAGGAGGUAGAAAGUAAGAGGGAAAGAGUGAUACGAAUCAAUGUACAAAGGUAGUCCCGGAUGUGUUACGACUCCAAUGUCACGGAUCCCUGGGCCUCCUGAUUCAGGUAUUCGUGAUUCUUUUUCGGUUCGCUGUAUGUACAUUUACCAUGCCCGACGAGAGAUAAUUUCGUUGUCGAAUCAUCCUCUGCCUCUCUCUUCGAAUGCGAGAAAGAAAGCCGCCGUCUAAUUGUAAUUCGCAUAGACUUGCAAACUUUUGAUAAGAUCUUUGGACAAAAAUAUAGGGGAAAUUACAUAAAGUGUUCAUAAUGUACAUCGUUGUGAUAAUUUAUAGAGAUAUUACGAUAUAGAGCGAUAAUCGAAGAAUGAUAAUUGUUUUUUUUUUUAUUGACCAUAAUGAAAUUCAAUAGUAAAAUGCAAUCUUCGACAUCUACAUAAAUAACGAACAAUUCUCACUCUUAUUAAUGAGAACGUUUUUCGGGUGAAAUUACCUGACUUUAUUGUAAUCUCAUAUUUUCAUUAGAUUAUAAACAUUGUUAAAAAUCAUUUUUCUAUUUACAUAAUGUUCAAAUAUAUAUAUAUAUAUAUAUAUAAUAUAUAUAUAUAUAUAUAUAUAUAUACCAAGACGAUAGCAAUCCGCAAAAUGUUUUUACUGUCAUCGGUUUACGCGCGGUUCUAAGAUUAUAUAAAAACAAGGAAUUAUAUAAGAGAGUUAACGGUGAGUCUUGGAUUAAAUUAUGUAACAAUGCCAGCGACCGUAUUUUAUUAUAUAAUUCGGGAAGAUCUCUUUUGCAUUUUACCAGGAUCCCGCGAGUAUUAGAAAAUUCAUACUUUAUUACUUAUUCCAGAACUCGUGACCUUAAUUGGGCCGAUCUAUGAAACACAAUCUACGCACUUUCAUGCCAAGUUUCAUGGUUAUAUAAAUGCCGCGGAAACUGGGUUUAAAUUCAUACCCGUAUACAAUGAAUCGUCUAAUAUUGGAAUAUAAAAUUUCUCCGAUUUUAAUUUGAAUUGUUAUAAGUAAAAAAAAAAAAAAAAAAUGUGCCAAUUAUGAAGGAACAAACUUUGCAAUAAAGAAAAAUCUUUCGUUCAGGAUUGUAAUUAAGUUAAAAAGAAAAAUUUGUUCAUAUUAAAAGUAUAGGAGAAAUUUUAAAUUUUAAUGUUAAUGACUCAUCCUAUAUAUAUAUAUAUAUAUAAUGGAAUUUUAUAAAUAAUUAAAAAUUGCAAGAACAUUAUAACAAGAUAAUUAAUGCAACGUGUAUUUUUAUAAACAUUUUUGAUUUGAGUUUUUUGAUCAUACAUCAUGCCUUAUGAUUUUAAAUAUAUUUUAAAUAUUCGAAAUUUUGCGAAUCUUUUAUUUUCGCAUAUAAAGGGUAUUUAUCAUAAAUUAUUGCUUAAAAAUUAUUAUUUUUACUACAAUAUAAGACGUUGGCGUACACAUUCGAUUUUGAGAGACAUUUUAUCUGCGCGGUAGCAGUACACACAGUGUAACAUAUUCAUUGUACAUAAAAUACAUCACCUAUUUAAUAUGUUCGACUCAAAAGCCAUUCAGUUGAAAUUGAACUAAAAAAAAAAAAACAAAAAAAAACAAAAAACAAAAUAAAAAGAAUAAUAUAUGCGAAUAAAUUAAGAAAUUAUUAAACGAAACAUUUAAGCUAUAAAAAUUAAACUAAUCAACGAAGAAAAUAAUUAUAAUGAUUUAAUUGAAGAUGCUUAACCGAUAUUAUAGAUAUUUAAGAUUUUUCACUGAUUGGCUUUUAUGCCGACUAUAUUAUUAUAGGCAUCGCGAAGUCGCGCAAAGCUAAGGAAACUCAUAUUAUUAAUUACCGAACGUUCAAUUUUUGAAAGAACAAGAGAGUAAUGUCAUUCGUGCCUUGUGAGCAAACUGAUGUGCCUUAAUAUCUAGAAUGUUCUGAUAAUGAUCUGUCAGCAAAAAUUCAUCAAAAGCAAGAAAUCGCGUUUUAUAUUGUAACACGAUCACAUUAAUGUUAAAGCUGUGAUUAUCAAGAUAUUUCGUAUCACUUGUAAUCUAGACAUUAAGGUUUCAACUCAGAACGCGUCAUCAAACAAGCCGAAUUAAUCAAGAGAUUUUUUAUCAUUUUUUUUGUACAUGAAAUAAUAUUAUAUAGGGUUAAAUUGUUAAUCAAAUUUUCCAAAGUCAUCGUUGUUGAAAUUAUUGUUAGAACUAAGAAAAUCUAUUGAGUAUUUAUAUUUUCUUGUAUAAAGAUCAAGUUUCCUAAUUCCACACAAAUUUAUUCUAGCACAUACUUCUAUUUUUCUAAACGAAUGCUUGUAAUCCGAGAGAUCUGUGACAAAGAUCACUCGUAUAUCAAAUGUUUUCUGAAUAUAAAAUUUUUUGCAUGCCUCGCAUAUUUGCACAAUGUAAUAUUUUCAUCGAUACUUGCUCACAUUUUCUGAAAGAGAACCUCAAAUUAAUUUGUUUAAGAAAUUAUUUGUAUAUUUACCUAUAAAAUUACAGAGCAAUUAAGAUAUGAUUAUUGAACUUUGUAUCACAGAGAUAAUUGGAUAGUAUAAUGAUACGAUUGGUUCGCACAAAAUGUUCACUUUGUGUUUCGUUCGCUUUGCACGUUUCGUAUACCUUGUACAUAGAUAGGAUAGUUUUGUACUGUCAUAAGAAAAAGAAGAAAAUUGAAAUAAUCACGUAUUGUGCCACGCGAGAAAAAUCGAAUAAGCAAAGAAGAAUUCGAAA